AUCCAUCUCCCUCUCCAUCCUUGUUCCAUCAAAGCACAACACAAGAGCUCCCAUUCCUUUCUUUCCUCUCAUUGAUGGCUUGCACCACUUCUCUUUCCAAGCACCCUAUCCCUUACCUCCAUAACACUCCAAAACCCAAGUCUUCACACUCCCAAAUCCCUUUGCCAAUCUUCCCCACUUCAUCACACUCUCAAUUCCAUGGCCUCAAACUCUCCACCACCACCACCACUUGUUCCACCACCUUUUUCAAGUCUUCAUUUUCUCCAAGGACUCACAUUUAUGCAAAGGUGAACAAAGGUGAUGUACCUCCAUCCUUUACUUUGAAGGACCAAGAUGGGAAGAAUGUAUCUCUAUCCAAGUUCAAAGGCAAGCCAGUUGUGGUCUACUUCUAUCCUGCAGAUGAGACACCUGGCUGCACCAAGCAGGCUUGUGCUUUCAGAGACUCAUAUGAGAAGUUCAAGAAGGCAGGAGCUGAGGUUAUAGGUAUUAGUGGUGAUGACACUGCUUCUCACAAGGCAUUUGCAAAGAAGUAUAGGCUGCCAUUCACCUUGCUAAGUGAUGAAGGAAGUAAGGUGAGGAAGGACUGGGGAGUACCUUCUGAUUUGUUUGGAACAUUACCAGGGAGGCAAACUUAUGUUCUUGAUAAAAAAGGUGUUGUUCAGUUGAUCUACAACAACCAAUUCCAACCAGAAAAGCAUGUAGAUGAGACAUUGAAGCUGCUUCAGAGCCUCUAAGACACUCAAUUUUCAUAGUAUUCUCACUAGUGUUAUUUAUGUAUGCUGUUUUCAUAAAUUCUAUUUGGUACAUUAAGAAAACCAUGUAAUUUUUCUCAUCAGAAAAUAAAUCAAGACAGUAAUCUGAUUUAUCUGCAAAACAUAAUGUGUGUGAAAUACAAUACAGCAUGUGUUCAGUAACAAGUAAAAAAUCAUGCCUGCAAGGUACAGCGGAAUGCCCGCAA